CAAUCUCUCCAGGUCUUCCAAACAAGCAGGAUGAGGACCAUGGAGAGUCUCUUCCUCCUCCCGCUGCUCACUGCUGCCCUGGCCUUGACCCAGACCCGUCCAGGCUCGCACUCCAUAUGGUAUUUUGUCACCACCGUCUUCCGGCCUGGUGCCCAGGAGCUCCCUGUCACUAUCAUUGGCUACGUGGACGACACGCAGUUCAUGCGCUUCGACAGCGACGGGACGACUACCAGGGUAGAGCCCCGGGUGCCGUGGGCAGAGAAGAUGGGGUCGGAGUAUUGGACCACAGAGAAAAGAUAUGCCCAGAGCUACUCAACUGUCGCCCGAAAAAACUUAAGAUUUGCAAUCCGUGUCUACAACCACAGUGAGGACGUCUCUCACACCUUCCAGUGUUUACUUGGAUGCGACUUGGGACGAGAGGAACACUUCCUACGAGGGUACUAUGACCACGCCUAUGAUGGAAACAAUUAUAUUAGCUUGAAUGAGGACCUCAGAACGUGGACUGUGGCAGACCGGGUGGCUGAGAUCACCAGGCAACAGUGGGAGGCGGAUGGUGUGGCGGAGGUCGUAAGAACCAUUCUGAACAGGCAGUGCAUGGAGGGGCUCCUCAAACACCUGGAGAACGGGAAGACGAGGCUGCUGAGUGCAGAUCCCCCAAAGACACAUGUGACCCAUCAUCCCAGACCUGAAGGGGAUGUCACCCUGAGGUGCUGGGCACUGGGCUUCUACCCUGCUGACAUCACCCUGACCUGGCAGAGGGAUGGGGAGGACCUGACCCAGGACAUGGAGCUUGUGGAGACCAGGCCUGCAGGGGAUGGAAACUUCCAGAAGUGGGCAGCUGUGGUGGUGCCUUCUGGAGAGGAGCAGAGAUACACAUGCCAUGUGCAGCAUGAGGGGCUGCCUGAGCCCCUCACCCUGAGAUGGGGUAAGGAGGGUGUGGGCACAGAGCCUGCUGUCAGGGAAAGCAGGAGCCUUCUGGAGACCCUG